GGACCCCCAAAAAAUGUACAGGGACCCCCAAAAAUGUACAGGGACCCCAAAACUGUGUAGGGACCCGGACCUCGAACUACGAAUGGACCCCAAAACAUCCAGGGACCCCCAAAACUGUACAGGACCCCCAAAAAUGUACAGGGACCGCAAAAUUGGAGGGGACCCCAAAACGUACAGGGACCCCCAAACUGUCCAGAGGGUCCAAAAA